AUGAAUUAUACAUAUGUUUUCAACAAAUUCAAGAAUAUAGAAGGAGAAUUCGAUGAAAUAAUUGUUGUUCAAGAUGUUGAAGGAAUGCGGAGCUUGUAUGAGGCUGCACAGUUAAGAUUUCAUGGAGAAGAUAUAUUAGAAGAAGCACAUAAAUUCACAUACAAUAAACUUAAGUCCAUCACCAAUCAAUUGAAUCCAUCUCUUGCUGAUCAAGUCAAUCAAAGUUUAGUACAACCUUUUCACAAGGCAAUUCCAAGAAUAAUGGCAAGGUCAUAUAUGUCUUUUUACGAAAAAAGUUCUACGCAUGAUGAAGUUCUUCUAAAGUUUGCAAAACUAGAUUUCAAUAUACUUCAGAAAUGGUAUCAAAAAGAAGUUGGUAGUGUUACCAAGUGGUGGGAAAAGUUAAAAUUUUCGAAAAAAGUCCCUUAUGGAAGAGAGAGGACAACUGAGUUAUACUUUUGGCCAUUUGCUAUGAACUCUGAGCCUAAAUAUACUACUUUUAGAGUUGUGGUGGCCAAAGUGUGUCAAUGGACAACUCUAUUAGAUGAUACUUAUGAUGUCUAUGGAACAAUAGAAGAACUUGAGCUCCUCACACAGGCAAUCCAAAGAUGGGAUAUUAGUUACAUUGCAUCUCUUCCAGAGUGCUUUAAGGCAAUUUUUAAUGCAAUUGUAGAACUUGUUGAUGAAAUAAUAGAGUUAAGUGCUGGGAGUGGAGAAUCAGACUUGGUGUUGCAAUGUCUCAAACAGGCUCUGUGUCAUUAUGUACAAGGUUACAUGGAUGAAGCAAGAUGGUGUCAUGAGGGAUAUAUUCCAACAUAUGAUGAGCGUAAGGUUAAUGGUGCUACUUCUACAGGAUAUCAAGCGUUUACAGUAAUGUUUAUUGUUUUGGGAGAAUUUGCAACCAAAGAAACUCUUUAUUGGAUUUCUAAUAAUAUUCCACUUAUCGUACAUGCUUCGUCAGUUAUUUCUAGACUCUCAAAUGAUUUGGCUUCACACGAGCCUAGCAGCGGAAACGACACAAAUGUCCAACACAAGAACAAUAUGGAAACACUCACAACAUAA